AUGUUGUUCCUGCUGCUCCUGUACCUUGCUUCCCAAAGCUGGGCGAAAGAUGUGCCCCACGAUACGAACUACAGGUUGCAGAACAUCUCUUCAUGCCCUGAAACCGGUUAUUUCUUCAGAAGAGAGCCAAGCGUGAACACUCUUCUUGGACAUUGCUACCUCUGCUUCUGUCAGAACGACAGAACUGCUGUGUGCUGGCGGAGGGAUAAUAAGAAGUGCGACGUACAACAUUACAAGCAUAACACCACUGUUGUUAAGAAGGAAAAUAGAGUGAGAAGAAGUCCUCUUGGUCUUGGUGAUAUAUUUUUUAAGGACGCAGCGAGGGAAGUUUUCAACAAAAAGGAGCCCGAAGUUUGCAAGCCUUAUGAGUCCAGUUUCAGUGAAGGAUGUCCUCCAGUGGACUGGUGUCUCGGCUGUACCGUCUGUGACUGCGACGCGAAUGGACACUGGGAUUGUCACAUACUCAGCUUCUGUGAUGACGAUGACAAAAGAAAAAAGCAAGUUAAAAAGGGAAAUAAGAAGAUUCCAAUGAGCUAUGCCAAACCAAAAAGGCAGUCGACAGCUAAAAUGGCGAAAACCACAAAGAAAACACCAAGCGCUCAAAGAGAAGAAUGCAGUUGCAUUCUUACGAACAGUCAAAGAAAAAAAUGCUACACUCAGAGCGGUAAAAGCCAAGAAUGCAUCAACAAGAAAGCCAAGAAUGCGAGAAACCGAGUGAUGAACGGAUCAGAAGCUAAAAUUUCAGAAGAAAUAGUGAAGACUAUGAAAACGGUUAUGGAAGACAUGUGGAACAAACGUGUCACUGAUGCGCUUCCAAACAUAAUCAAUAUUAUACAGAAAAGAUCGUCACCUGGUAAUAAUAAUAAUAAGAAAAAUGUCAAACCGAAACCAAAACCAAGGCCGAAGCCAAAACUAAAACCAAAAGGCCGAGGUCACGUGUUUAAUAGAUCGCUAUUCGUGAGGAAGAAGCAGAUUGAAGACAGAAAGAAGGAAAUGCUGAGAAAGAAGGCACAAGAGAAGAAAGAGCAACAACGGAAAGCGGCUAAUGCGACAAAGAAUACCAAACGAAAUAAACCGGCAAACAAUAACAAGAACAGAGCGAAGCGAGAAAUAAAUUUAAAUAAUAGCACAGUUAUCACGAAAUUUGAUUCUGAUGCUGUCCCAAAUUUAGCGAAUACUGAACCUUUAGCUGAACAAUUGAAUACGGUUGAACCAACAAAUAACAACGAUUCUGAGGAAGAUGAUCUUAACAGAGUGGCAAAUAAAUAUCCUUUGAACUAUCUUGGUCCAGAUACUGCAGUAAAUUCUGCUGACACUCAAACUACUGUUGAAGAAAUCAAUACAACACAAUCAUCACAAUUGAUUACAUCAUUGUCAUCAGUUGAAAAUAAUUCUGUUAUAGAUGUUGUGAAAGAAUCGGUCGUUGCUCCCUCUGCUUAUAAUUCAGAACGUAAAAUAAAAGUAAACAGAAAAGAUAUAGAAAGAAAAAUUGAUAGAACUACCAAAAAAUACAGCCUUAUGCGAAUGAUUAACACUAACCAUUACAAAACCAAAAAUGGAAAGACCAUAAAGCAUCCUGAUAAUACUCAAAUAUCAUUAUCAAGUAAAAUUGAGAGUCUACGAAACGUACUCAAACGACUUCUGAGUGAAUUUCAUAACAACAAUUCUGUUACAAAUAGUUACAAAAAUAAGAAAAAUUACGCAUUGAAAUAUUUAAAGAGGUUUUUUAAUAAGAUAUUUAGCAAAAAUUCAAAUAAAACAUUACAAAGAUUAAAAAGUAAUAAUCACACGAUACAAAUUUUGUGCGAAAGUUUUGGACCCUGUAAUUUAAACAGAAGAAAUAAAAACAUUGUAAUGAAAAAGAUAAAAGACUUGAAUAAUGAAACUAUACAAAUACUGAAAAGUCUCAAAAUUAUUAAGGGUUUGUUAAGGCUUAUAGACAUUCCUGAUGAACGAAUGGCAACACAUAAUAAUACCACAUCAGAUCUUAAAACUGAUAUACACAAAUUAAAUUUUAUUCUGAAGAACUUAAAUAAUGAUAACAUCAUAAAUUUGUCUGAAACACAAAGGGUUCAAAUCAAUUAUGUAAAAAGUAACGCAAAAGUGUUUACACAAUCUGUUGCUAGAUUUACAAAAAUACUUAAUGAGAUAAUUGAUUUAAUCUCACUCAAGGGGAAUAAAGAAAAACCUCAGACAUGGUAUUCUGUAGCAAAAUCAAAGCAUAAUAUAAAUAAAUCGACAAAACUGGAUACGAUAAACAAAUUUAAGAAAUUGUUGUACAAUUAUAAUACGAUACAUAAUAUAUUCAUGAGAAAAAUAAUUCAAAUGUUCAAUAGUCUUCAGAACAACACUGAUGUUGGAAAACUUAAUUUUGAAACGGAAAAUCAUUCAAGAAAUGUAUCGAAAAACUUGAACAAAUUAAAACAUUUGGCAUCUGUUCUGAAUCCUGAGAGAAGGCAAAAGAGAAAUGCAGGACAAGAUAACACCAUGGAAUAUCUGUUGCUGUUGAUGGAAUAUAUGUUGCAGCAGAAAAAUCAACUGGACAAACCACCAGUCCUAGACGGGAUUGAUUUUCUUAUUGAAGCUAUAAAAAAUGCUCCAGAUAUCAAAAGUAUAAAGAAUAAAGUGCUUAAUUAUGACAGCAGAAAAACUUCUGUGUUUAAAUCGGCUGAAUCGAACUACAGUGCAUCCAAGGAAGAUAAUGCAAUUGACACUUUAAAGGAAAAUGAAGAUGCUAUAGCAUCGAUCAUCGAUGGAAAUGUAAAACAGUUGUCAACAGAGCAAGUUUCCGUCGAAGGAGAAAAUUUGAGAAACGAUGACACGAAAUCUGAAAAUAAAUUGGAUGCUAAAACAGACCCAGUCAAUCGAGAUGCUGUAAAUGUAAGAACUUCAUCUAAACAAUCGAAUGAAAAUGUAAUCAUCAAUGUCAAAUCUACAGAAAAACCAAACACCGUUUACAUGGGUGAGGAUGAUGUUUUAGCAGAUUUUGAUAAUCGUUUGGAGAAAACAAGCGGGGAAUAUAGCAGGAAAAACAAUUUGUAUAAAGCAGACUAUGAAGAUGAGAAUAAUCUUGACGAUACAACACAAGUUACAAUCAAACCAAAUGAAAAUGAAUCGGCAACCGUAACAGAACAACCAACUGAAUCGCCUGUCAUAUCAACAGAAUCACCAGAUAAAUCAGUGGGGAUAAAAAUGGAAACAUCUAACAAAAUAAUCAAGAAAUUCAAUGAAAUCCAUGAAAAUAUUGUAGAAUUUCAAGAUGGAAACAAUAAUAACGCAUCAGAUGAAAAAUCUUCCGAUACGAUCACCAAAUCUCCUGAAAAAACCGAUAGACAAGAGAAGAAAUUUAAGACAGACUUAAGUGACGUAUCGCAAGAGGUAAGUGAAGAAAAAUUAAAAAAUCACAGUAAAAAAGAAGAUGUUCUUAAGAAGAAAGAGGAAGAUUUAAUGAAUUCAUUGGAUUAUGGCACAGAUAAUGUAGUGGAUCCUGCAAAAGAUGACAACGAUGAUAAGUUUUUGAACGAUUAUUUUGUUGAUUAA